ACUAAAAUCCAGGGUGUCGCCUAGGGGCUCCAUUCGAAGGCGACGGCGGUCGUCUGUGUUUGAGUAUGAAAUAAAGAGAAAAGGAGAAACAUAUCUGCGAGAGAGUAAACUAAACAAAGUUCCAACUUUUGACAAAAAUAACAUUCUUAAUUACCGGACUAGAAGUGGUUGGCAUGUGGGGGGAAAACGAGACUAAAUUAGCGAGUAGUUUGAAGAAAUUGUAGCAAGUCUGGUUAAGAGGGGAGCCAUUUUGUCCCGACUGAGGGAAAGAAAGAGUGAAAAAAAAAAGAAAUAGGAUUGGAAAUAAAUCAAUAACAUAUAAAGAACACCAGCUCAAAUCUAGAAAAACACAUUGCAACUCCCAUUAUUUGUAAUACUAAAUCGAGGAUUUGAGAAGGAAAUUUAUAUUACGAAGCUGUUAAUAUAAAGGGUUUUCUUUUUCUAUCGGAUCUCAUUGGUUUGUUUUUUGCUUUUUUUUGAACGAGUCAUUAUUAUCUUUUAAAAUUAUAUUCUAUUAAAUGGCGAAGAAGACGUACGACCUGCUGUUCAAGCUGCUCCUAAUCGGGGACUCGGGGGUAGGUAAAACCUGCGUCCUGUUCCGCUUCUCCGACGACGCCUUCAAUACCACCUUCAUUUCCACUAUAGGAAUUGACUUUAAGAUCAAAACAGUUGAACUACAGGGAAAGAAGAUCAAGUUGCAGAUAUGGGAUACAGCAGGACAGGAGCGGUUUCACACAAUCACAACUUCCUACUACAGAGGUGCCAUGGGAAUCAUGCUAGUGUACGACAUCACAAAUGCCAAAAGCUUUGAAAACAUAAGCAAGUGGCUGCGGAACAUUGAUGAGCAUGCAAAUGAAGAUGUUGAGAGGAUGCUGCUAGGCAACAAGUGUGACAUGGAGGACAAACGUGUGGUACCAAAGGCAAAGGGAGAACAGAUUGCAAGAGAACAUGGCAUUAGGUUUUUUGAGACGAGUGCAAAAGCAAAUAUCAACAUUGAGAAGGCAUUCCUCACAUUAGCAGAAGACAUACUUCGAAAGACCCCUGUAAAAGAGCCCAACAGUGAAAAUGUAGAUAUCGGCAGUGGAGGUGGAGUAACGGGUUGGAAGAGCAAGUGCUGCAGCUGAACAAGUUUUUCUCUCUUCCUCAUCUCUAUCUCCUCUCUCUCUCUGUCUGUUUCUCUACGCUGGAAAUAAACCACUUUACCCAUCUUAAUCUUAACGCCCCAUACCUCCUUGCCCUAUCUUAACCCUCCUUUUGUUCUUCCAUUCAUGACUGCUUGCUGACAAUAUCAUUAUUUCAAAACAAAUGUAUAGAUAAUUAAAUCAUGUCAUUUCUUUAUGUACCUUCUCAGACUUGCCACUACAUCCUUUUUAUUAUUAUAUUUCUUUGGUUGUAUUAUAGUCAACUCCUGAUCAACCUCAGCAUAUAUAACAAUGGUUUCAAAUCUGCAAAAAUUGUAUCAGAAUAAACAGGUUAGAAUUAACAGUUUUUGUACAAUAGUGGGAUUUCAUUGUCAUUGCAAUCUGUAUACAAGUGCAAAACUGACAAGAACACUUGUGUAGAACUUAGUUGAACUUCUCUAGGUGGGAUUUAAUUUGUCCUGUGCCUUACAUGGAAUUGAAGGAGCAUUAACUCAGCCAUUUGAAGCGGUACAACUGCUCAAACAUGACAGUUUUAAUAUUAAAUUCUUACUGCUUCACCAUGGGUGUCGAUCUUUGAAUUGAACUUAAACAGAAGUGCAAAAAGUUUGAAUUUGUUGUUCUGGAUAGGAAAAAGCUAUUCCCAUUUUAUCACAUAAGCAGUUAUUUUACAUCAUUCGUAUGUUUUUUUUUUUUUUUUCUUCAUAACUCUUUUGCAUGCUGAUUUCUUCCAUUUGGAAACCUUUGUAAAGAUUGCAAAGCUACUCUUUAAAGAAAUAGCACUAAUUUACACAAUGUGAUGGGAGUGGGGGGGGGGAUAAAGUUUGAAUGGCACUCCUUGGAAAUUCAAACAGUUUUGCAGAUAAAUUAAAAUUAAGCUUGUUUAAGUUAAGUAUUUGUGGCUUAUCUUUUUUUUUUAUAAACCUUUUUGGAGGCCUAUUGCAUGUACUAGUGCUGUGUCUUAAAUGGUGUAAUGUUGCUGUUCUUAAUCAAUAGUAAUUAAACAAAUCGUACAAAUCUCCAGAUCCUGGACCCUUGUGGACAAAUCAUACAGAAUAGAUAGUUGUGUCCCCACCCCCACACAAAACACCUAAACCAUACUGACAACUGCAGAAUUAUUAUUAUUAUUAUUAUUAUUCAUGUUAUUGUAACAAUUUUUCUUUGCAUGGGCGCUUUCAGAUUUACUUUUAUAUAAGAAUGACAAAUUCAUUACAAUGGCAGCCAAGGUUUGUGUGAAAUUGAAGUGUGGUUUUAAAGCAAAAACAUUAGCUGGAAAAAUUAAGUCUGUGCUUAUUAAUAUAAGCUUUUGCAAGUUACUCGUAGUACAAUUGCUGUCAUUGUGUUCAAGGCAUUUGUGUGACUUCAUCUAAAAACCAAAGAUGGACCCAAAACUGAGUGGGGUUGAGUUUCGGAAAUACAAAGCAUGCUACUCGGUGUUUGUAAAUAUGCACAGCAGUGCUUUUCUGUUAAACCUGUACUUUAUGCAAUGUAAACUGAAUCUUUUUUUUUUAUAGGCUCCUUUUAAAAUAAUAAGCUUGUAUGUUUUGUUUUUGUUUAUUAUUGGCAGCAGAGCUUCUCUGUAUGUACUUAAGAGAUCCUGCAUUUGAAACGGUGUAAAGAACAAGUAAUCGCAUUCAUAAAACCAUGUUCCACUCUGGUACUGGGUAAUAAGGGGUUUAGUUUUAUUCUUCACAACUAAAACUACUAAAAAUGUCAAAUAAACUGAAAUAUUUCUAGA